CGUUUUGCUCCUGGAAAUUGGGAAGUUCUCCAUUGGGAGACAAAUGAAGGUUUUCGGUUCUUAUCUUCACCAGGGCGUGUGCGCGCUCUCCCUUUGCAGGACGAGAAAGAGGUGCAGCAGCAGCAGCAGGCGCAGCAAUACCACCGCCAACAGCGCGUAAGGCGGAUGGAUGCGCGUGUGGCUCGCCGCCUCCCCUGCGUGCGCGUUUAGCCGCCCGGCCCGAUGGAGAAGAGGGACAGAAAGCCGGGAUACUUUGCCCGACUGAAGAGGCGGAGACAGCUCAAGCAGAGCCCGUCGGAGAAAAGCGCGAGCGAGCACGGCGCGCCCGUCAUCGCCCCUCCGGACGUCCCGAACGACGGCGAACGCAAGACGAAGGCCGGCCCGCCCAGACCGGCCGCCGCCAGGACGCCCGCCGGCUCAGCCGGCGGCUUGAAAAGUCCUAACCCGGCCAAGAGGGAGAAGAGGAGGCCCCCGGGGACCGCGGAGUUCAUUGUGGGGCCCGAGGACUCCCUCAACAGCAUCGCCCUCAACUUCAACGUCACCCCGAACAAGCUGGUCCAGCUGAACAAGCUCUUCUGCCGCAGCGUCUACCCCGGUCAGAAACUCUUUGUGCCCGACGUGGGCCGGACCGAUUUGAAUUGCCGGAAUGCCCCCUCGCCGGCCCUCGCCAACGGCUCCUCUGCGGAGACGACCACCGCGGAAGACGGCCCAAAGUGCAGGUCGGCGCGGCCCCUCCGACGCCAGCUCUCCCCCAAUUCGGAGGACGAGAGCCCGGCAACGGUGAAAUUCAUCAAGAUGAGCUGCAAGUACUUCACCGAUGGGAUGGGAGUGGUGGGCGGCGUCCUGAUCGUGACGCCCAACAACAUCAUGUUCGACCCGCACAAGUCGGACCCCGUGGUGAUCGAGCACGGCUGCGAGGAGUACGGCCUCAUCUGCCCCAUGGAGGAGGUGCUGUCGGUGGCGCUCUACGACGACGUGUCGCGCAUGAAGCUGAAAGACGCGCUGCCCUCCGACCUACCCCGGGAUCUGUGUCCUGUCUACAGGCCCGGCGAGUGGGAGCGACUGCCCUCGGAGCGGGAGCUGGACCCCUUCCGCCGCUACAAAGCGGCGGAGGCCGGGCGGCCCGUGGUCCUGGACGACCUGCGCUCGGCCCUCCUGGAAACAGUCGCCGCGGAAGGAGAGCGGACCGGCGAGUCUCCCUCGAAAACGUGGCCGCUCGACCGCCAAACCGGAGAGCGAGCGGAUGACGAGGGCCUCGCCCGGAACAGCUCCGCCGAAGACGGGGAGUCGGCCCGAAAAGCGCCGGCCGAAGACGAGGCGUCAACGGAGGGCUCCCCGGGACCCGAGCCGGCGGCCGAGGAGGACGGACGGAGCGAGAGCCGCGACGCCCCGGUCAAGUCCUGGCUGCUGGAGAGGAUUCGGGCUCCCAUCCCAGACAUGCUCCUCUCGUCCGAGGAGAGGAGUCAGACCCCCCCCAUGUUCCUGUGCUUCAAAGUGGGAAAGCCCAUGAGGAAAUCCUUUGCCGCCGGGACGACGUCCAGCCCGGCGCCUUCCUCGGGAAAGAAAGCCGAGUACUGGUUUGCCGUGCCGCAGGAGAGAGUGGACCACCUGUACGGCUUUUUCGUCCAGUGGUCUCCCGACGUGUACGGCAAGGAGGCGAGGGAGCAGGGCUUCGUGGUGGUGGAGAAGGACGAGCUCGACAUGAUCGACAACUUCUUUGGCGACCCCGCCUCCUGCAGCUGGGAGAUCAUCACGAUCGACGAGGCCAAGCGGAGGCAGAGUUUCGGCAGCGGCGAGGGUGAAGCGGCGGCGUACGGGCUCCCGCUGUUGAGCGACGCCAGCGACCUCCUGCAGGACACGCACGUGGAGAAGCUGGCCUGUCGCUUGCCGGCUCGCGUGCACGGUUACCCGUGGCGGCUUGCCUACAGCACGGUGAAACACGGCACGAGCCUCAAGACGCUCUACCGCAACCUGCUCGACGUGGACAGUCCGGUUCUGCUGGUCAUCAAAGACGUCGAGAACCAGAUCUUCGGAGCGUUCUCCACUCACCCCUUCAGAAUCAGCGAGCACUGUUACGGCACCGGCGAGACUUUCCUCUACAGCUUCUGUCCCGAGAUCAAGGUGUACCGCUGGACGGGAGAGAACUCGUACUUUGUCAAAGGCAACGUUGACUCGCUGCAGAUGGGAGGAGGCAGCGGCCAGCUGGGCCUGUGGCUCGACGCCGGGCUGGACCGGGGCACCACCACGAGGUGCGCCACCUUCAAAAACCAGCCCCUCUCCGCCCGCCGGGACUUCAACGUCCACAGUCUGGAGGUGUGGAGCUUCCAGUAACUCCCGCGGACAUUUUCGGCCGACGAUGGCUCGGGGGGGCGCGGCCGCCCGAAGUGAUCCUCGAGGUCGGCCGAGGACCCCGGCCGGCGCUCGUCGGUUACCCGCAUGCGGACCGCCUCCAUGCGGAGCUCG